GCAACUGCAGAUAUAAUCAAUUUUGCACAUCAUAUUGACCCAUAACAAAUGCCUAGAAUACGACUUAUCAGCCAUCAUCAGAUAUUGCAGCUGGUGUGGAAGAGCUGACCAAGACUAGGAGGGGACUUAAAAAAAUAGUUGAUCAGUCACACGAUGGAGCUGGUGGAGGAGGGUAAGAGUAAAGUCCAGAAAGAGCAAGCCAAGGUGAAUAAGCAGAAAAAGGGCAAAGCAGGUGACAGUGGUCAUGAAAAGAGUAUGGCGACUAAAAACAGUGCAGCUGUAGAGAGUGGCAAGGAACCUGCUGCUCGAAAGGGGAAAGGUGUUGAGAUUUGUGCUGAAAAAACUAGCAAACCAAUAAAGGAUGUAGUUGCAGAGGGUGGGAAGGGAAAAGAGACAAAAAGGAGUGCAGCUGUAGAGAGUGGCAAGGAACCUGCUGCUCGAAAGGGGAAAUGUGUUGAGAUUGGUGCUGAAAAAACUACAAAACCAAUAAAGGAUGGAGCUGCAGAGGGUGGAAAGGGAAAAGAGUUGAUCAUGGAAAAGAGGGGUGCUGCAGGAAAGGGGAAAGGCAAACAGAUCCAAAUUGAUGAGGCUGGAGAUGUGGAGGGUAAGAGUCAAGCAACUAGUCAUUUGAAGAAGGCAAGUCUCGCAGUGUGUUCUCCAUUCAACGAGAGGGUGGUUUGAAUUAUAGCAAAGCCGAACAAUGUGGACAAAGAACUGUACUACUGGGUACUUGACACAGCUGAACGAAAUCAGGAUUCUGUUGUCCACGAAGACAACUUUAACAGAACUGUGCAGAGUGAGUUCAAGUCUUUGGCUCCGUUCAAGCCAGUGUCGCCUGGUAUCAUUGCUGCUUGGAGCUCGUACCUUAAUAAUAUGGAAAAGCUCAAGGCUCCGGAGACGGUUUCCAGGAUUUUCUUCUCAACACGUCCAUGCACACACACGGUGGUGGACGCACCACCUGAGUGGGAAGAAAAAGGUUGUUCGAGGCAUUCUAGACUUUUCUUUAUUAUGAAGCGCUCGGUACAGGUGACUUUCAGUGGGAGAACUAUGACUUG